AUGCGAUUGGCGGCAUAUCUCAUAGCAACUGUGGCUCUGGCAGCCAGAACCGGAGUUGCAAUAACACCUCCAAUCCCCCAAGACAGCUCGAAUACAACAAAGAUACCACCGCCGAGCGUGGAUCCCUUCUACAAUGUCCCUGACGGGAUUGAAGACUUGCCACCCGGUACUGUUCUGAGGCAUCGCAAGCCACCAUCUCCAAUCACUGGCUUCACUUUCAGUGCCGACGAGUUUCUGCGAGACGCUUACCAGAUCCUGUAUCGAACGAAUGACAGAGCCAAUGCCGCGACUGCAACGGUAGUCACAGUAUUGGUACCGCACAAUCCCGAUUUUGGAAAAGUUGUGUCCCUUGAAAGCGCAGAAGAUGCAGCAUCGAUUGACUGCGCACCGUCCUUUGGCUUCCAGCAAGCUUCGUCACUAUAUCCCAAACUCGAAUCCCCCACCGCACAGCUCCAAGUUCUGAUUGCAGAGGAUCUUUUGAACCGCGGAUGGAUAGUCAUUGUUCCAGACAUUCAAGGCCCCAAAGCCGCCUAUCCGCCACGAGAGAUCGCAGCCUACGCCAGCCUAGACGCCAUUCGAGCAACCUUGAACGCAGCCAACCUCACAGGAGUCAAGCAAGACGCAAAAUUUGCGAUCUGGGGAUACUCUGGAGGCGCGUCAGCCGGUCUCGCAACAGUUCAGGUAAUGCCAUCGUAUGCCCCCGAGCUCAAUAUUGUGGCCGCUGCAAUUGGUGGAGGCACCGGCGACCGUCCUACUUCAAUCAACUUGAUUUCACAUCUGAACAAGAGCCCUACUUCAAACUUCAUCGUCAUUGGAAUUUUGGGGGCGGCAGGGCAGGAUCCCGAGUUCGCAAAGGAGGUGGAAGCCCAUCUUAAGCCGGAAUAUCGCGACCAUUUCUACCAGGCGAAGCACGAGUGUCUUGAUGCCGCGAAGAAGACGUACGCCAACGAGGAUAUUCAGCAAAUGUUUGACGAUCCGAGUUUUCUGAACGAUAUCACCGAGAUAGGGGCGCCGAAUUAUACGGAUAUUGCUCCCACGGUGCCCAUCUACUGGUACCAAUCGAAGAUUGAUCAGCUGGUGCCUGCAUGGCUGGCGGAGACUGCUGUCCAAAAUUUGUGCAGUCAGGGUGCUAAUAUUCAUUUCGUGCUUGAUUCGGUUGCAAAUGUUUCUCAUGCUUCGUACAGUGUUUAUGGUACGGAGGCCUCGUUGGAUUGGUUGGGUGAGGCGCUGGAUGGGAAGAAGCCGGCGAUGGGUUGUUCAACGGCAAUGGUGGAAACGAAGGAGGUUCCUAGGAAGUUUGUUGAAAUUUUUCCGCCGGCGUUGCGGAAGGUUAUUUAUCAGUUUGCAGCAUCUAUGGAGGCGUAA